GUUCAUCGUGUGUAAAUUUUAAAAUAUUUGUUUUGCAAAGAUUGUUGUUGGUUGUCUCCCUUGAUAAUCAUCUCUUCUGCUGGGAGUAGGGAAACGAUAACGAAACUUCUGACACAAUCGAGAGGAGAUAAUGCCAAUCGACUAUUAAGGCGAUUUUCCGCUCACCAGUACCUUGAACAGGUAUAUUCCACUUGGUAAUGGCACACCAGCUACGAAAUCACGGGAUGGCCACUGCUGAAGCAUUUUGCUUACACAACAGGUUAUUCCACUGAAGCAGAAAAGCAUAAUUCUCAUCAUGGAGAGCAACCAAGAACAAGCAGCAGAGGAAAGGACAGAGCUCUCCAAGAAAUUGGAAAACUUGGUAUUCGUAGAUGCAGAGGAAAAUGUUGUGGCUGAAAACCCUGUAUUUAGAUCUGGUGCUAGUGGUGAUUCUUUGGAUGCCAACAAUGAACAAGUGUCUGACUAUGAGAAUGUUCAUCAAAAACCUUCACUAGCUGAUCGUCUUAAUAAAGAGUUGGAUGAGAACUCUGAGCUCUCACAGUCUGAUACACACAGUGCCAUGUCAGGCCAUGUCAGUGACUCUUGUUCAGAAAACAAGAAGAAAGCAAAGACUGUUGAGUUGUCACGAGGCGAUAAUUCUAGUGACGCAGAGCAGACAGAAGAUGGUGAAGAUGUAAGUGAUGGGGAGGAUGCUUACCACUCAGCUGAGGAGGGUGACAUUGUGAUAGAUGAAGAGAACCUGAGAGAAAUUGAGGAAACAUUAACAGAAGAAGAGAAACUUAGCAGAAGAGAAGAUGCUCAGGCUUUGAAAGAAAGUGGAAAUAAUCUCUUUAAGGAAGGUGAAUAUGCAGAGGCCAUCAAGGCUUAUGGAAAGGGCCUCCAGUUAUGUCCUCCAUCGUUUGCCAAAGACCGCUCCAUCAUGUAUUCCAACAGAGCCGCCUGCCACAUGAGAUCAGAGAAUUUCGAAGAGGCCAUAGAAGACAGUACAAAAGCCUUGGAGCUGAACCCAAACUACAUGAAGGCAUUGUUAAGACGGGCCGAGCUGUACGAGAAGACAGAGAAACUGGACGAGGCUCUGGCCGAUUACACUCAGGUUGUGAACAUGGACCCAUGUCAGCAUGCUGCCAGGAUAGCUUGUGCGAGACUGCCUGAUCAAAUCAAGGAAAGAAAUGAAAAGAUGAAAGAGGAAAUGUUAGGUAAACUUAAGGACCUGGGCAACAUGAUUCUUAAGCCAUUUGGCUUGUCAACCAAUAACUUUCAACUACAACAGGAUCCAAACACAGGAGGCUACUCUGUACAGUUUAACAACAAUGGAAAAUAACCAGACAUGAUUGAUACAAAUGUUCUAUACUCUGAAUUUAAUUAAUACUGAACUAUGAUGUGAUGUUAGGCAUUCGUAUAGUCUUAAUUUUCCUUUGAAUGAUAUUGACUUCUUUCUCCAUAAUCCAAAAAUGUAAAGAAAGAGUUAAAGCAAAAGUGAGUUAACAAUGUUCAGUGAAAAUAACUCAAAUCAAGGAAGCCUUACAUAUUGAGCCCAUUCACAAUAUAAAGUAAAUGAGGCAUUAUUGGAGACUAAAGUUGACACCAGGCUUACUGUAUUUCACCUAUUAAUAAUUCACUUUCAGCAACACAUUAAGGCAUUAAAAUGAUGUUUUUGAUGUUAACACUUAAGUUUUCCGGAUAAGAAAUUAAUAAAAUUUCACAAAAAGGUGGUCCUAUUAGGUGAAUGAAUCUGUCAGAAUC